AUGGCUCUUUCGUUCUGGUUGACGGCGGGGAAGACAUGUAGUCGCUCUCUUUCUAAUAGAUGCACCGUCUUUGGUGCAGAUGCUGGUCGGCGAGCAGGUACACUCGCUCGGCGCUGUCAGUCUACGGCCGCUGCAGUACAAGAGGAGACGCCGAAGAAUGUCGAUAGCCAAGCUGCUGAUGCACCUCUGCCCUUCGAGUCUCUCAAGGACGAGCUUCACCCUAAUACUCUCCGUGCACUCACCGCCCACCCCUUCAAGCUCACGACCAUGACUCCCGUUCAGGCCGCUGUACUCCCUCUCACGCCAACACUGGUGCGUUCCCACAAGGACGCUGAGGGUCACCCUCGUGACCUCCUUGUCAGGGCCAAAACCGGGACAGGCAAGACGCUGGCGUUCCUCAUCCCCGCCGUCGAAGGGCGACUGAGAGCGAUCGAGGACCACGUGGAUAAGGUUAUCAGGGAUCAAGGUCACAAAAAUACACCUGAUGUCAGGCGUCGAAUCGCAAAGGUGUUCGCGCGGAACGACGCCGGCAUCUUGGUAAUCAGUCCUACCCGCGAACUCGCAACACAAAUCGCGACGGAGGCUCAACGGUUGACCACGCAUCACAACGAUAUGGAAGUGCAGCUGUUUGUUGGCGGCGAGGGCAAACGCAAGCAGAUGCGGGAUUGGAUGAAACUUCCACGGGAUACUGUCGUGGCGACGCCUGGUCGGUUACGGGACUUGAUUGAAAACGAGCCGGACGUUGCCAAGGGUCUCUCGAAAGUCAGAACGCUCAUUCUGGAUGAAUGCGACACGCUCUUGGAUAUGGGUUUCCGCGACGACCUCGACGCAAUUGUUGAGGCUCUGCCGCCGACUCCUGAACGCCAGACACUGCUCUUCUCCGCGACUAUCAACCGUGCUGUCCAGCAGACAGCUCGGCGUCUCCUCGCGAAGGACUUCAUCAGCAUCGACACGGUCUCCGCAGACGAUUCGCCCGUCCACGCGCACAUCCCGCAAUACCACACCGUCCUCCCGUCCGCCAAGGAGCAACUUCCGCAUCUGCUCCGGCUCAUCGCGCACGACCAGCUCGCGAACCCUGGCAAGUCGAAAAUCAUGGUUUUCUGCUCCACGACAAAGCAUACCAAGCUCCUCACGUCGCAGCUGCUUGAUCUGAAGGCCGGGCUGCCCGUGAAGGAAAUGAAAAUCUACGAGAUCCAUAGCAGGAAGGACCAGGGCGUGCGCACGAGGACUUCGGACGCGUUCAGGAAAGACACAUCGCCCUCUUCUAUACUCGUUUCUUCCGACGUAUCUGCGCGAGGCGUGGACUACCCAGGCGUGACUCGGGUCAUCCAACUCGGCAUUCCCUCCUCCACUGACCAGUACGUCCACCGUGUUGGCCGGACAGGCCGUGCAGGGUCACGUGGCCGUGGCGACCUCGUCCUCCUGCCUUGGGAAGUCGGCUUCGUCUCCUGGCAGUUGACUGAGAUAUCUCUGAAGCCAGUAACGACCACCGAGCUCGAGUCGCAAGUGCUUGCCCUAGCCGAGAAGCACGAUGCGGACCCCAAUGCAUUCGUCGCGGAUGCCCCCGUUCGCCCAGAGGCGUUCCGCAACCCCUUGGUUCCUCUUAUCAAGAACAUCCCCGCGCACGUGCAGGAGGUGCAGCGCCAUGUAGACACGAACGAAGUCGAAGAGACGUUCGCGUCCGUCCUCGGUUACUACGCGUCGCGCGACGGAGACCUGCGGGUGUCGAAGUCCGUCAUUCUCGAGGGCCUGAAAGACUGGGCGACGCAGGCAUGCGGCCUCGGUGUCCCUCCGUUCUUGACAGACUCGUUCUUGGCGAAACUCGGGUACCGCCCUGGUGGUUCUGGUAGUUCGAAGUCGGAUUCCUUUAGGUCGAGCAGUUCGAGCCGCGGCAGGGGCGGCGGCUCAAAGCCCUCUUGGGAGAAGCGGGGGAGCAGUAAAAGCUGGGAACAAGACGACAGGCCACGGUCUCGCUCUUACGGUAACGACAGGACCGAUAGGUCGGACAGGUCGGAUAGACGAUAUGGAUCGGACAGGUCGGAAAGACCUUCGUACAGGUCAGAAAGGUCGGACAGGGACAGGCCGUAUCGGUCAAACAGGUCGGAUAGGUCGGACGGGGAGGGCUUCAAGCUGCGGAGGGCUAGUCAGGACCGGGACUACGACUAUAACUGA